GCAAUUGUUUAAUCAUGUUUUAUUAUUGAUUGCAAUUGAUUGAACCUAAAUUUAUUGCAUUUUGACAUCAAACGUCAUACACAGGAGUGUGACGACAUAUCUUUCCAAAAAUGCGUCAAUCAUUUAUAUCGCCCAGAAAAAGUAUCGUCGAAAGACGGAUAACUUUACGAAGAGAAACUCUAAGAUUGCCUAUCUUUGAACCGUCAUUGUUAGAAAGAAGACUUUACGAGGCGUUCGAUGUGUUUGAUACUGCCAGGACUGGUGAGGUAAACGUUAGAGAUUUGGGAACUAUAAUUAGAUCAUUAGGGUGUGUCAUCACGGAAGCCGAGUUACAAGAAAUACAAGUAGAAGUUGAAGAUGUCGAAAGUAAUUGCGUGCCAAUAAACCGAUUUGUAGAGUACAUGAGCAAAGUGAUCAAUGAACGCAAGUUCAAACCAGCAGAACCAGAAGAAUUAUUGAAAGCGUUCCAAUUAUUCGAUCCUGAGAAUCGCGGAUACAUCAUGAAAGAGGAUUUAGAGAAAUCAACUAUGGAAAUUGGGGAGCCGUUCACGAAGGAAGAAGUGGCCGACAUGAUGGCCGUAGCCUGUGACGCGGAAACUGGAAAAAUUAAUUAUGAGGAUUACAUCAAUUUGCUAAUUAAAUGGAAGCUGAAAAAGCAGCAGAAUUGGCUAAAAAACGCAGAUGGGGAAGCAUUUUCUUUAAACAAGAUUAUACUUAACGCAAAAAAAUAUAUAUAUUAUUUUAGUGGACGUAAUUUAUAUAUGAAAGGGAUAUAAUUUAACGAUAUGUCAAAAUCUGUGAAUAGAAAAGUUAUACAAAGUUAUCUUAUAUUUUGUUGUAUAAAUAUACAUUUCCGAAAAAUACA